GCCGACGUCAGCGCAGCGCCCUGAGGGCUGUACGUAAGCGCUGCGCGACGGAGUGCGCGCGGAGACUGCGGCCGCGCCGCGGAAGGGCUGUGUUGGCUCGGGGCUCCGGGAGCGGCGCAGGUCACACACUGGGCCAGUGACUGGUCUUGGGCCUCCACAUGCCACAGUGGCCCUCAGGAGGAAUGGCAGUUGUGGGCAGCAUGCUUGGCCUGUUGCGGCAGCAUGUGGUGAUAGGGGCUGCCCCUGUGGUCCGCUGCCUGCACAUAUCUUCGCGUCGGGCUGACAGCAGCAGAGCUUCGCUCACUCGUGUGCACAGACAGGCCUAUGCACGCCUCUACCCCAUGCUCCUGGUCAAGCAGGAUGGCUCCACCAUUCACAUCCGCUACCGGGAGCCCAGACGAAUGCUGGCGAUGCCUGUGGACCUGGAUGCCCUGUCCCCAGAGGAGAGGCGGGCACGGUUCCGCAAACGUGAGGCCCAGCUCCGAGGGAAGGAGGAGCAGCAGCCAGAGCUCCUUGACAACUUUGACCUGGAGCGGUACAAGCAGUUUUGGACCAAGAAGUGAUCAUACCCACAAGCUGCCCUGGCUCAGGAUGCUGCAGAAGGGGAGGGCAUUCAUCUUUAAAUUGAGUGUCAGGAUUUUAAAA